AUGACAUCCAUUGCUAGUAUUCACAAGCGUCAUGCAUAUAGCCGAGAGGGCCAUACCUACUAUCCAGUGCUCAUUGUCGGCGCUGGAGAGUCGGGAGUGGCCAUGGGAUGCCGUCUGAAGGAAGUCUUAGGAAGAGACCAGUUCCGGAUCUUCGAACGCCAGUCCGGUAUUGGAGGCACUUGGUGGAUUAAUCGCUAUCCCGGGGCUGCUUGUGACAUCCCCGCGGCCUUGUACUCGUUCUCUUUCUGUCAAAAGAAAGACUGGUCUACCCUCCAUCCAUCUGGUCCUGAGCUGGCGCAGUAUAUGGCAGAUGUGUGUGAAAAGUACCAGAUCGUGGACAAGAUCCAGUUCAACACAGAUGUGAAGGAGCUGCGAUGGAUUGAAGAUGACGAGGAGUGGGAGGUAACCCUUUCACACCUGGUCCCAGGCACCGGUGAUCUCGCGCAGUCUGAACGGGACCGAAUUGCCAGCCAGGACGGUCACUCGGCGAUCUAUGUCAAGACAGAGAUUGUUCGAGCCAAGAUUGUUGUCAGUGGUGUCGGCGGUCUAGUGGAACCGAAGACGACCCCGAAAGACAUUCCCGGCUUUGAUGAUUUCCAGGGCGAGAUCAUGCACACAGCCCGGUGGAAUGAUCAAAUCAAUCUCCGAGACAAGGAUGUCAUUAUGUUGGGAUCUGGGUGCAGUGCUGCUCAGGUUCUUCCUGAAAUCGCCAAGCCAGAAGCUGGGGUACGCUCGAUCACUCAACUCAUGCGUACUCCUCCAUGGGUCCAGCCAGAUAUCAUUCCUCCCAAACAUCUCGAGGCGUACGAGAAAUGGUCUCCCAAACUCAUGACCCACGUCCCCGGGCUGUCGAGCCUCACACGGACGAUUCUUUUCUUAAUGUUCGAGAAAACGUACUUCCAAUUAUUCACGGACACGGCACUGAGCAGGCGGGCACGGCCGAGAAGUGAGAAGGUGUUCCUCGACCAUAUGCGCACCGUCGCACCCAGCGAAUACCAUGAGAUUUUGACCCCAAACUACAGCCUCGGCUGUAAGAGACGCAUCAUCGAUGGAACGUGGUAUCGCUCUCUCAACGCCCCCAAUGUGGAACUAACAACCCAGCCUCUGACACGCGUUCAUGCAAAGAGCAUCACCGUAGGACCGGGAAGUCAUUACCCGCCGAACAAACUGGCCCCUGAGCCCAGAGAGAUCCCCGCCGACGUGAUCAUCAUGGCGAACGGGUUCGAAACCAACCAAUGGCUACACCCGCUCAAGGUGAUUGGUCGCCAAGGCAAAGACAUGGAAGAAGUGUGGAGGGAGCGUGGAGGUGCACAGGCAUACCAGGGUAUUGCUAUGGAUUCAUUCCCGAAUUUCUUCAUGAUAUUCGGUCCGAAUACAGCAACCGGACACACGAGUGUGAUUUUCGCAACUGAAAACGCAGUCAAUUACUCGUUGAAGUUCAUCGAGCCUAUCUUGAACGGCACUGUCAGCUCUUAUGAAGUAACAGAGAGCGCGGAACGUGAAUGGGCCACGCAAGUCCAGGAUGACCUGCAGAAGACGGUUUUCCGUCGUGGUGUCUGCUCAAGCUGGUAUUCUACUGAUGAGGGUUGGAAUUCAUCAACAUACCCAUAUACCCAAAUUCAUUAUUGGUACCGUUGUGCAUUCCCUUACUGGGGUCAUUGGACUGCGAAGCUCACUAAGAAGGGACGAACUUUGCGGGCUGUCCGUAAGGCUCUUCGUGCUUCGGCCUUUGUGAUUCUUGCCGCUGGGCUGGGUUGGUUACAGCAGAACCCCCAGCAGAAGGUCCGGUUGGUGCAGUCGUUAGUUGGUGGGAAAGAGUGGCUGUUCUCAGCUGUGCAGAGAUUAGUUCGCUGA